AUGCCCUUGUUUGUAGAUUCAGAUUUCACCGGGGAGGCUGGGCUGAGUAACUUGAAAUAUUACAAAUACUCGGCGAUCGACAAAUCUCCGAUAGCCAGAUACGUAUUAAAACCUUACUGGACGUGGGCUGUACGUUUAUUUCCCUUAUGGAUGGCACCAAAUUUAAUUACUCUCUGUGGAUUGGGUUUCGUGGUCAUAAAUUUAAUAUGUGUGAUCUAUUGGAUUCCUGAUUUAGUUGGUCCCGGUCCUUCGUGGUUAUAUUUUAGUUUUGCUGCUGGUAUUUGGCUAUACUCCACAUUUGAUAACGUGGAUGGCAGUCAAGCAAGAAGAACCGGAACUUCAUCCCCACUCGGUGAACUCUUUGAUCACGGUUGCGAUGCAUUAAAUUGUUCAAUUGGUGCAAUUGUACAAUCUGCUUCAAUGGGACUCGGACAUUCAUGGUAUUCGGCCUUCUUUUUGCUCUUAACUACCUUUCCUUUUUACAUGUCCACUUGGGAAGAAUAUCAUACCGGCACAUUGUACCUUGGGUAUAUUAAUGGACCUACUGAAGGCCUAAUCUUGGCUUGUGGUAGUAUGAUAUUAUCGGGGAUUUUUGGACCUCAGUUCUGGACGGAAGAUCUUCGUGACUUGUAUGGAUCACAUGUUCCUUCUUUUAUUCCUAACGGAACCAAAUACGCAGAUAUAGUUGUCAUUGCAAUGUCGAUUCUUGUACUAGUUACACAGCCGCUAAGUUUUUACACCGUAUACAAAGUGAAAAAGCAACAAAAUCAAUCUUUUGCCGCAGUUAUCCCUCAAUUCUUUUCUGUUCUUAUAUACUGGAUUUGUGGAUAUUUAUGGCUUGCAUCACCUUACUCUUAUAUACUUAAGGAUCAGCAUUUUAUUUUAUUUGCACUGACUCUUGGCAUUGUUUUCGGACGCAUUGCGACAAAGAUCAUUUUGGCGCAUGUGACAAAAAUGCCGUUCCCGAUGUAUACAGUAAUGAUAAUUCCUUUGGUGGUUGGCGCGCUCUUGACAAAUAUCCCUGUGAUAUUUAAGAGGUGA